AUUCUGUGAGCGAUUGUCGUUACUAGAUGUCUUCCGAAGAUGCUACUACGGUCUAGCAAUUCGUUUUGCUUGCACUUGGAACGGGAAUCUCCCUAUUGCUAAUCUGCAGAGACGCGUGUGAAUGUUACAAUUUAAUAGCCUGUCUAUCAGAUAAUGUGCUGGGUGGAGUGAGCCUGAGAGAAAGUGAACGCACGAAGUGGUAAAACAUUGCCGCAGAACGAUCCGAGGGCUAUCGGAUUUGUAAAUCUCCGCCCCUCCAGAAGUACGGCGGCAUAACCAUGGGGGUGUUGUCCCCAGGGUGGUUUUUGUUUGUGCGCGAGCGACAUCAAUCAAGAUGAAUGUGAGAAUGAAGGAAUUGUUUGUAUGAAACGCCGAAAGUUACCGGGACGUCAGCGUCUGGUAGAUUAACGGCGUUCUUUGAUGUUAUGUAAUUAGGAUUUCGAGAGGUUUGUCUCGUAAUCAUCCAGUAAUAACCAACAUAUUGCGAAAUAGUAAUUUUUAUGGAAAUCAACAAAACAAAAAAAGAGAUUUCAAUUAAAACACGAUUAGUCAGAAGAAAUAUCGAUUUGAUCGCAAUCCGGCUUCGCCAAACUGCCCAGAAAGCGGUUUCUCGUUACGGCUUGCUAAUCCUUUUCAUCGAUAAAAGUUUUUUUUCUGUUCGUGAAUGCGGAUACCAACGGUGCAGAUGAAAUAGCAUCCGUUUUUGAAAGGCUCUCCGCAGAUAUGGCAGCAUCCGAAAGCGGCAUGAAGAAGAGUCAAUUUUGCUCACCGGAAUCAACAACAACCGCUGGUUGUGUCACCGUUUGUUUGUGUUAGUGCGAAGGGAAAUACUCUCCUGAAAUAUAUAGUAAUUUUGCUCAUGUGAUCAGAAAAUUGCAUUCGACAGCCAGGCUGGAUCUAGCCACUGUCUUGUUCGAGUUGUUUUUUUUUAUUGUAUACAAGAACUAGUCGUGCUAAAUCAAGUGUAAAGGCUUAUACGGUAUUUGUGUUGUUUGAAUGAAAACCCACACACGGGCUGUGGAAAGUACAUCAGUGAAAAUUUUUCAGGCGAAACACGGAUUUUCAAAUACGAGAGGGAGAGAGGAUUAACCAUUGUGGCUAUUUAGCAUUAACGAAGAACACUUCCGGCCUGAGAAUAGCAUUGAUUUCACAUUCAUUGCUCUUCACGUGAUUCGACUGGAAAAGUGAGUUCAGUUCAGUUCAGUUCAGUUGGAAGUGAUCAACAAAAUUCUGAAAAGGUUCAACUCUAUCAGCGGAAAUGUGAAGACGAAACCGGAAGGUGAUUUCCGUGCUUUUACGAGUGUUGAGUGUCUGUGUGUUUGAUCCGUUCUGUUAUCACCUGUGAGUGCAGUUCAUUGUGAAACUCUCCGCUUUUCGGAGGGUUGUGAUAAAGUGCUGUUAAGAAGAUUUUACAGAAUACAGGAUUAAAAACCGGUUUUCAGGGAUGGCCAGCGGUAGGUGGUAUGGCGGCGUGCCCAAUCUGACGGUAUGGUGCCCCAUUCAGCAGUUGGUUUUCCCGUAGAGUUCAGGAGCUUUUCGGAUAGUUUGAGCUAAGCUGGCGGCAAACGAAGAUGAAUCUGCAUAAACUGAGUAAACGGCAUUCCAUACACUCAAUGCAGCCGCAGCCGGCAUCAAGGUGGCCUUCGGAAAAUAAAUCGGUUGCCAGGGCAGCGGUGGUGGCUGCGGCGGAAAGUGAAUCCACUGCCGGGACCAAGCAGCGUAAAAAGGGAAAAUUCAGGCUCAAAGAACGCUCAUCAUCCUCGGUGCGGGAACGGUUUGUCAACGAUCCUGCCUACACGGAGGACGUGCGCCAUUUGGCACUGCCUAUGCGACGAAACAGCGGACCGGAAAAUGCGGAAUCGUCCCGAAAAUUCUACACCAUUCCGAAGAAAAAAUCCAACUCGGUCGGAAGGGAUUACCUACGUGGUGCGGCGGGUUGCGAUGAGUUCCAGGCCAAGGCCGGUGGUGACUCAUUUGGCAGUCGCGAAUUUUACACCAUCGAUGCUAAUGAAAUGGCCCGUCAGGUUCGUGGGACGGUUGCAGCUGGAGCGGGACUAUCGGGUGCAGUCACCGAUCAGUCCUACAUGCAGGUAAAAGUAAGAAGGAAAAAAUAUAACAACCACAAUAGUUCGGAAAUGCUACGGUUUAACGAUGAAUCGAGCAGUUCGGAUAAUUUGCGACAGAGCAAAAGUUCCUCACUCAGUCGGCGUGGUAGGAGUUUGGAUCGGAAAACGGGUACCGGAGGAGCCGGAGAGGACGGUGGGGGGUACGAGAAAAAAAGAUUCAUCGGAGCGGAAGAGGCUCUCCAGACGGAACGAAGUCCUGCGAGAAAUCGCAAUCUGAUGCGGAGGCAGAAUGCUGCCGAGUACGGAGGAAUGGGGGACGCUUCCGGCACGGCGACUCAACCGGAUGAAGCCAUUUAUCGGCGGGAGGAUAUUGGGGACGAUUCGAAGGAAAGUAAAAGUAGAUUUCAGAUUGGGAAACGAUUUCUGAAAGGGGAGAUUGGAAUCAAGAGUUUUAAUUAUUAUUUGUUGAAGGAAGGGUUGAAAAACUCCAAGAAAAAUUUGUUGAAGCAAAGAUCGGCUCCCGUUGAGGGUGGGAUGGAAAGUGCACAUUCCAAAAGCGAGGAAAAUAUAUACGAGGAGAUUUAUUUCGACGAGAAAUCGGAUGAUCCCAGCGAUGAAAAGAUUCAAUUUGUUGAUUGUGAAUUAUGUGUUCAGCAGUGCAACAACAGCAGCUGCGAUGCCUGUCACAGUCAUGUUUCGAAGCAUAAACUACAGCAACAUCAUCACCAUCAGCAGCAGCAGCAGCAGCAACAACAACAACAACAACAGCAAAAGCAACUGAAUAAACAUCAGAACGUAUACGAACAACUUAAAAUGAUACCCCCGCAAGUACCGGACUUCGGACCGCAAUACAAAGCCACCAAAUCAUUAGACCUUGACGAGCUGAACCUCUAUCAGUCAGCGUCGUCGACGUACGGCACCGGAACGGGUAACGUGCUUCAGUAUCAAUCAUACAAUCCUAAUAAUCCAAAUAUUUUCAAAAUUGAAACAACCCCAGUAGCGUUCGGUGGCGAGUACAACCCUGCCAAGGCGAUCUACUACAAAUCACAACACAGCAGCGCAUCGCAGAGUGCGGCUCCGCGGCAGCGUUCGGCUUAUCAACAGCCGCAUAAUCUAGCGUCAGGUAACUCGGACAGCUAUCAGGAGACAAAUAGAAAUAAAUCAUCGUCGUCGUCCGAUUCGCUGCAGGCUCGCAUGCAGCGCGAACUGUACCAGCAGGCUAGUUUGUACUAUUACCAACGGGAGCUAGCCACUGGCCACUCGGGACAAAAUCCCGACCCGAACGAUUCGUCGCAAAUUUACAAAACCAGUUCGAAUGCAUCUAUUUUGAGUGAAAUGUCCGCCAAAAGUGAGAGUUCCUUGAAACAACCCCGCACCGGGAAUAUGUCGGAUUCAUCCCUGGGUGAUUCGUUGUUCUCGUAUCCGGCCAACCGCCGUUACUUCGGGAGUUCGGAAAGCUGUCGGUUUGCCUCGGAAUGCCGCCGGUGCAGUCUUGACGUGGAUAAGUAUAGCUUUUCGGACACAUGCCGGUACGAUUGUCGAAAUUGUGAUUGCUCGUCCAGCUAUUUCUCGUCGGACUUUGAUGAUACUGGAAACAGCAGGAAAAGUAGUUCCCGACUGUCCGCAAAUAACAUUGUUGUUCCGGAUGGGGGUCCAUCGGUGCCGGCCUAUGCAGAGGAUUUCAUGAAACAUGUUAGCAAUGUCAAACGGAAUCAGUUAGGGAAUCCGUCCGGUCAGAAGCAGACAACGAGCGGUAAGAUUUAUGAAACACCCACCACCUAUGUGGGCAUAACGAAACAAACAUCCACGCAUCGGGAGCACACCUACGAAAAGCUGAAAUCCGGCGGUCCGUAUGGGAUCGGCAGUCAACCGCAGAAAGCAAUGUACAAAUACGGUGAAAAUGCACGGCUAUCCGUUAGUCAAAGUCACGAACUGCUUUUGUCCCCGUCGCGGAACCGGCCUUCGUUCGAGGUACGUGGUAACUCGUACGGGCUAAUGGGACGGUAUGGGCCCCAAUCCUCCAGCACUCUACCGGCAUCCAUUAGUUGCAAAGCAAGAAGCACCGAAUUUGAAAAACUACCAUCUUCUACUUUGCCGAAAUCGUUUCUCGGUCCACCGAAAGCGACGCUAUCUAACCUGAACCAUGACUACGCCGAAAUAAUUCAACUGCCACCACCCCAAACUAAUCAGGCGAAAGGUUCUCCAACCGGAAAGCAGACCACCCCUAAUCAAUCUACAACACGUCGCAAAGCUCCUCCAGUUCCAUCGAAUCCACCUCUACCGGCAGCAGGCAAAUGCUUCGAUCCAGAUCCGAAAGCAAUCGGCUCCGGAGGUCAAAUUCAACCACCUCUUCCGACGGCGGCAACCCAUCCGGCCGUCGUCAAUCCGGGCGACAGAGAUAAAAUCCUGCCACGCAAGGAUCGGGCUGACUUCGAGAAGUGUAAGCGGGGUGCGGCGGCUGCUGCCACUGCAACCAUUAAGGAGGUGGCUCCGGCGUCUUCGUCCUCGGUACAGCAUCAUCAUCAUCUGGCUACCAGCAGAAAGAAGGACCCGGCACCGAAGAGGGACACCGGCAGGAAAAAACCUCCGACUGCAGCCCUGGAGGAAGGCAACUACACCGAUGAUGAGGAUGAUGAGGUGUUCCUCAGUGAGAAAGUGUACGAGCGUCCAAAUAUCAACAACCGAAAGCAGAAUCCUACUCCGCAAGAGCGAGCUCAAAUGACAAACAAAAACGCUGAAGCCGGGACAGCUCCGGAAACCGGUUCACAUUCUACCAAACAACAAGCACCACUGCCACCACCACCAGCAGCACCAACGGCGACGGCAUCAUCAUCGUCAUUAACGUCAUCACUAUCGUCGUCGUCGCCUGCUGCCGUCACGGCGGUGGCAGCACCACCACCACCAACAACAGCAGCAGCAGCAGCAGCAACACGGAUGACUACAAGCGCGCCGUCGUCGAUGUUCGCAGCAUCCAAACAACCUGUUCCAAAACACCACAAAGAGCAACAACCCGAACCGGAGCCGUCGCCGUCGUCGUCGUUGUUGUCUUCGGUGGCGGCAGUGAGUUCCUUAUCGGUUUCAUGCUCCACCGGUCCACGGAAAGGUUCCAACGAAAGCGAGAGUUUGCGCACGCUUCACCAUCCAACGACGGCGGCGGCGACGACGACGGCCGCUGUUGGUUCUUCAGCUGCCGCCAAUUCAAGUGCUGCCGAGAGCGUGAGUGAUUUGCGGAGAAAGAGUGACGAACCUUCGAUGGAGCACGUGGACCGACUGGCCAGCGGUGCUGCUGUGAUGGCGGGAAUGGUACCGCCAGCAAGGAUCAAAACAAAAUCAUCCGUCGAAGAACUCAGUACCGAUCUUGCCGUCUCAGGUGAAACAGCGCAGCAGCCAGCGUCGGGUCGUUUGUUGGCAGCUACGGUCGGCGUCCAUUCGAACAGAUCAGUGGAACAAAGCUCCCCAACGGCAGGCACUUCACCGUCACGUUCAACCCAACUUCGGUUACCGUCAGCGAACGACGAGCAGGCUCACACUAAGCAGCUCAAACCCCCCCAGGCGGAGUCGCUUCAGGAACGACGGAAAAGUUCCGAUCCCCUGAGCAGUAAUGACGACACCGUGGAUAACAAUAAUGAGAUUAAUUUAAUCGCCAACGAUGACUGCGAUAUCGUCGACUUUCCGUUGCCCGAAAUUCCCGUGAAGCAAGAUCCGACUUCAUCGGACAAUAGUUUUCUGACGGCCACCGACGGUAACGACACGGGCGGGAGUUAUGCUAAAUCACCAGUGUUGACAAGAAAGGAUACCGCCGGUAACGAACUAAAGGAUAAACGGGCCCAGGAAGAACAAACGAGAGAAAUGCACUACCGAAAUUCGAACGAUAAGCCGACCUAUUUGUUCGGUGAAAAUUUGAAAAAGAAUGAAAUUUUCCUCAACAAAUCCGGAUGGGUGCAGGUCAGCCAACCGCCGAUGUAUCCAUCGGAACGUAGCAUGCGUGCCAGGUCCUACCAACCGGACGUGGCGGGACAGAAAGUGUCCCGGAAAUAUAUCGAGUAUGAUGAAACCCGUUACGGCCGUGGAAACAAACUGGAAGAUUUAAUCAAUCGAAACGAAGCACGAAGAAAUCAAAUCCAAAAGAUACACAGACAAGACAAUGUGACAAUCCUGAAAAUAGAUCCGCAACUGUCGGGCAGUAGUCGACCGGCUUGCCUUCCAAUCAAACGAAACCUAGCGGACAAUUCACCACCGCCGGUUACGCCGAUACUUUCGCCGCCGCCGGCCUUCCAAGAUUCUAAAUACAAAACUCGCCUUAGUGAAAUCAAACCGGGCACGCACAUUUUCCUCUCGGUCGCCGAUAAUGAGAAUCGAAACCCCAAAGGAAUGGUGUUCUCCCGUAGCUUUGAGUACGACAACCGACGCUACACCACACCCGGCGUUACCGCUCAGCAAUACAAACCGAAACAAUCCUACUCGGAUACGUUCUCCAAAAGCUUCGACUUCGAAUCUACCUUGGCAGCACCGAUGCCCAAAACGACGGACCAACCAUUCGUCAGACGGAAUAAAUCCCCUACCUUUUCCACACUGACCGGAAAUUCACCUAAUUAUCUUACCAAAAAAGAAAAACCCACAAAUACACAACUAUCCAAGGACCACUCUCCUAUCUUCCCGAAAACAAUCCCCGGCAGUAGCGUCACCAGUUCCGGGUACGAAUCACUGAAGCGUUUCGGCGACAAAAACAAAUCGCUUGAUUCUCAGUUGAAGUCUUCCAACGCGACGGUGGCGGCGGCAGCAGCGGCGGCAAGUAGCGGUAACCGAUCUCGGCGUUCACAGUUCUCUACCAAAUCCAACACAACCAUUGGACUACCCACGUACGGCUUUCGGUCAGAUUCAGUUGGCAACACUCGACUUAACUCCUGUGAUAGUGGUGCCAGAUCGGACUACUCCAACGAUGGCGUCGAAGACGACGAAGAGGAUGUAAGCGAAGAUCAAUCUUCCUCGUUGGCCCUAAGCUACAAAUCAUCCACUUCCUAUAUCAAUCAAAUGAAGGGCAGGUCCCUGUUUGGAAUGUCCGGAUCGGGUAGCACCUUAGCCGCGCAUAGUCCACUGAAACCUCAGCGCUCGUUAACUCCGGAACGGCUGUACGACAACGAAGACUACGGCAGUAUGCGAAACUUGAAAAAGCAACGAUCGCUUACUCCGGAGAAGCGAUCCCGAACACCGGAUGAUCGCAGUAAGGGUCGCAAGGGGGAAACAAACAGUUCGCAGUCAUCGCUGGUCUCCCGGCAAAGCUCCGGAUCAAGAAGCAGUACGUUGGAGAAGCGCUACGAAGAAGGUUAUCUGCGCAGUUCAAGUCGGAGUUCGUCCAGUUCCAGCUACAGCGGGGAUGAUGCCCAUUCGUCUUCGCAUCGUAGAAAUCAAAUGCGUGGAGGGAAUAUGAGACCGACAAAUGUCACUGGCGACUACAAAAUUCGACGGUCCAGCAAACAAUAUUUUGCAGAUUGUGUAUCCCUUCAGCUGUCGGAGCGCUCACCGAACCGACAGCCGAUCACACCGGCAACGCAACCCCACAAGGUGGUCGUACGCUUGGGGAACGUCCCGAAGGAGCGUCCUACCUACACCACCACCACCACAACUUCCCGGAAAAUGACCGGCAGUCAAUUACUUUCGCAGGACUCGUUUCAUUCCGCCUUUCAGAUAUCGCCGUCCAGCACCCUGGAUAGGCUACGGCGGGAAACGGCUUCGCACGCACUGGACGUGGACAAAAGCAAAUCGUUCGAUAACAACAACUACGGUUUGUACGAACACGAUUUCGACAAAAGUCGUUCGUUCGAUGAGAACUACGGGAUGGGCGGUGAGAAACGGGCGUACGUCAACGCGGAAGGCAGAUCGUACAGUCACGAUCGUGUGUUCGGAUCAACAGGGACCUCGUCAAGUAACGAGUACAGCCAACCAUCGACGACGAGAAAUCGAAGUCCGCAGACCACCUACGGUAGUCGACUUUAUGAGCAUGACCUACAGUAUGACGUAAGCCGGAACGCCAUGAGCAGAUCGCCGAUUAUCAACUACGGCCAGAGGAGAGUUUUGUCACGGUCGCCGGUACCUGGAGCCAGUGAGUCCAUAAUGGGACACUAUCAGAAAACUCCCAGUAUGUAUCUGAUGCGAAAUCUAACGCCCGACUCCGAGUACGACGAACGGAUAACAUCGGACUUUGUUGACGAUCAACCACCGACGGUUGUUCCGAAGAAGACCUCGGCUUCAGCGGCAGCAGCCUUCAAGGAAGCCGAACUGGUGAAAAAGUUUUUGCACGCUACCAAAAACAAACUGUUGCAAAGAGAGUCGCGUAACGUUGUUGUACCUGGGGCAGGAACACCAUCUACUGGAAGUUGUACCGCGAGUUCCUGUGAUUUUUGGCCACACUGUGGCGUGUCGUCAACGCUAACGGUCGAACAGAAUCAGUUAACAAAAUCGGGUAGUGAGAACUGUUUGAACAGAAAGAGUUUCGGUGGUGACUUUGCUAGUGGUGCAGGUGCAGACGGUGAAGUGAUAAUAAUCGGUGACAUUGGUCCGACCGGCCCCGGUGGAGGGGCCCCGUUGGUUCCGGUCAAGGCCAACAGCUACGGUGGCGUGGGGCAUCAUCCAUUGAAGAAACAGAAAAAUAUCGAAAUUAGCGACGGCGAUCUGCCGUCGACAUUCGGCGCAAGUGGCAAUCGUUAUUAUUAUCCGGGACACGGAACGGCCCCGUCGCCGGUAAUUGUGAAAGCAAAUUCGAUCACAUUUCUCGGUGAACACGAGAUGCCAAUCACACGUGACCGUGUUUCGAAAUCAUCUUCCCACGGGCUGGGGCCAUCUUCGUCGGCCUCAAUGACGACAAUAGCGACGUCGGUCAAGCAACUCCCAACCGCAACGGUGACGGCACCUUGUUCGGCGUCGUCAUCCUUCAAAAGCAAUUAUCAAUCCAUCCCAUCCGAUCAGCUGAACCAGAAGGCUAAAUCCAACCACUCGGUAUCCGCCGGUAGUACAGUAGUAACGGGUGGGUGUGCCAGUGGGGGAGGAAGUAGCAAUAGCAGUGUUAAAAGCAAUAGUAGCAAUUAUAAAGUCAAUCGUAGUCCGAACAGAAGAAAACAUCCUGGCUACAACAAUCACCGUCAGGCUUCGUCGUGUGUCCAGGGGGGUGCGGCGGUAGCUGCGGAUAAAGCUGGCUCCGGGAGCGAUGCACGUGACAGGAAAACGAGAACUUUCUCCCAGACACGACCCCGUUCGGCGUCGAUCAAAAGAAAGUUCGAAAUGAAACUGAAAAGUCGCUCGCUGCCGAAGUCCUUCAUGCGCAACAGUAACCUCUCGUCAGAUGAUUUGGAACUGUCCGCUAUAUUUUCAUCAAGUUCGCCCCUACAGCUGAGAGCCGUCUCUAGUCCUUCGUUGACGGAACCGACACCGCCAUCGCAAUCCACCACAGUGGCCACCGCCGCAGAUAUCAACGGAAUCAGUGGAAGUGCUUGCCAUGUUUCGAAGGUAGAUUCUCGGACUGCAACGACGCUUCACACGCAGCAAUCGAAGGCAUCUCUGGUCAAAGCGAACCAACAUCAACAGCAAGCUGCCGAAAGUGUGCUUCAAAAAUUCCGGAAAACCUUCUCACAAUUUAAACCAACGAAAGCAGGGGGUCCUAUCCCGCCAGGCGCAAUCCACAAUUCUUCGACGGCGGUCGGAUUGAAUGUCAACAAUAAUAGUCAAACGAAUCCGCACUUUCUUACACCCACGAUGAGCGUCGACGGCACGGCGAACCACGAAAAGGUGCAAAAUCCGACACAACAGCAGCAGCAUCACCAUCGGUUUGGUCCUCUGAUAUGGCGAUCGAGUAAGGAGCGUCGGAAAACCAAAUCCCACCGGAGAGAUAAAUGCAACAGUGGCGAUUCCGGUAUCCAGGUAGAGUUGGAAACCGAUGAGCCACUGUUGGCCGAUGGAAUUGAAGGCACGGACCCAAUCGUGUCCCCACGCUCGGCCAUCGCUGUCCGGCGAGCCAACUCAGCGAAAGCCACAACGGCAUGCGGAACGACGGUUCUGAAGCACAAAUUAUCUGUGAAAAGCAACAACAAAGAAAAUGUGGCCAACAUAUCACGGCUCAGUGGUAAAUCGCUAAGUCAACCUUCCGGCCUGGAUCGUGUCGCCGGUGAUGAACUUGCGGGGGCAGAUCUGAGCGAAACGGACAGCGACGAGGACACGGCGGCACACAACAAACGAACACCGGAAGAGGCGGUUUUUGCAGAAGUUCUGUUUUCGUUUCGACCCGCCGGUCCCCAGGAACUGGCCCUGGAAAAGGGAGCACUGGUGGAGGUUUUGAAAAGGGAGCGAGGUCCUUGGUGGUGGGGUCGAGUUAAAUCCGACGCCAUUUUAUCCGUUGAUUGUGAUGACGAGGUUCGGAUGGAAAGUUCCGAGUGUGGUUGGUUCCCGAUGGACUUUGUUAAAGUGUUACCGACCUACAACAAGCCCAAACAGAUUAUCAUCAUCAACAAUAACAACAACAUCAACAACGGCACUGACCGACCAGUUGAUGGUGCCGCAAGUGGAUUGAAGGAAGGUGAAAUGAAAAACUGUGAUAUGCUACAGGACACGGCGAGGGCUGAAAUUGAAGUGGACUCGGUUCCCGGUCCGUUGGGUGGUUCUAGUCAGGAACAAACCAAGGAGAACGUGAUUAAGGAACUGCUUGAGACUGAGAUAAACUUUGUCAAACUGCUCAAUUCACUUUGUUUAGGAUUUCUAAAACCUCUGCGGGAACGGGAAGAUGUGUUCCCAGCGGAGAGUGUUAAUAUAAUAUUCGCUAAUUUGGAGAAAAUCUGGCGGUUUCAACAGACUUUCCUGGAUGCGCUCCGGAUAGCGGUGCCCAACAAUAGGAUCGGCGAAGUGUUCCUUGAAUAUCAAUCAGCUUUUAUGAUCUACUCAUCGUACUGCAAUUCCUACCCGCGCGCCUUGAUGGAGCUCGAAAACUACGCUAGCAAUAAGGAAGCUUGUACCAUUUUAGAAACCUGUCGUGUAGCACAAAACCUCCCCGAAUUGCCACUGUCCGCACAUUUGCUGGCACCGAUCCAAAGAAUCUGCCGAUAUCCGUUGCAUUUGAGCGAGCUAGUCAAGCAUUCUCCUACCCGGAAGGAACUGAUCCCGCUGCUUAAUCUACGCAAAUGCACCAAAUCCGAAUUGGAAACGAUGGACUGCCGGGAGGUUUUCGAGCUGGCGUUAAGUGCGAUGCGGCGCGUCACGGAGAUGGUGAAUGAAGGUAAACGACACAGCGAGUAUCUCUCCCGCAUUCAGUCCCGCUUCGAAAACUUCCAAGGCCCGUCGAUAAACGUGCACAGCACCCGGCUCUUCCUGCAAACCGAUGCCAUCCGAAUGUCACCGAAUCUGUGGAACAACACCUACACGCUGUUCCUGUUCGAUCGACAGUUGGUCUAUUGCAAAAAGGACCUGCUGAAGCGUACCAACUACAUCUACAAGGGUCGAAUCUUUCUCGAUAACUGUCGGAUAUUGAAUCUACCGGAUGGGAAAAUGUUUGGGGUGACGUUGAAAAAUGCUCUUCGGCUGUAUUGCGAUACUCGCAAUAAGUGGUUCGAUUUUUGCUUCCGUAGCAGUAGCAGUAAACUGCGAUUCCUCAAUACACUGUCCGCCGAACGACAGUUUAGCGGGGAAAGUUUGUUUGUGUCCGAGCUCGACGGAGCUUGCGUUGAUGAUGAUAACCUAUCGGAUCGGGAGUAUUUCCCGUUCACGGAUGAAAAAGACGGUUGCAGCAAUACGGACACAGAAACGAGUAACGAGCGGACAGCGGACCUAGUAGACAGCUUGCAGUUCUCGUUAGGAAUCAUGACACAGAGUGCGAGAAGCAGUAAUUGUAGUGUCCUUAAAGAAUCUCCAACGAACAUAGGUGGCAAGCAGUCGGGAAACACACUUCCUAAAAAGUCUCGAAAAUUGACCAAAGAACAACAGCAGCAGCAGCAGCAAUCCGAGUACAGUUCCCAUUCGUUGGGCCGGCGAAAACUAGGUAAUUGGUUCCGGAAAGCAAAGAGCACCAAUAGUACCCCGUCUCAAAGCCCUACCCACAACCCAAUGGCACUUUCACUAGCUGCCAUCAACAGUCAUCCAUCGGACAGUUCGUCCGCUAGCAGCCCCGGGCUUGGCUACCAACAGCGAACACUAUCUGCCCUGUCUGCCAGUAGCGGAACGGUGACAACCAAAGAAGACGAGGAUGGAUGGUUGUUCUAAUCUGUACCAUUGACAGGAACCAUCCAACCGAACAGGCAUGCAGGUUUCCGAAAGAACGCACAACAAUUGGCCGUUAAGGGCCAGGCAGGUUGAACCGAUAUCAAAGUUUCAAGUGUAAUAACUAUUUGUCCCAAGUUGGUAGAUAUUCUAGGAAUGAGGUGCAAUCUAAUGCUAAACCCAUUGAGAUUAUAUGUAAGGUAUAAUAAUUAGUACCACAUGUCGAACACACGAAGUCUUAUAGUUUCCCCUUCAACUAAUAAGUUGAAUAAGAAAUAUGGACGCCCGGAUUCGUAUAAAGUACGAAAUAUAUAUUUGGAAUGUUGGUUACAAUUGAACCACAAUUUAUCAAAUCAAUUGAUUUUCAAUUAGAAACAUUUCAUAAAUUUUCGUCUAACUUGACUUGGUGGGUAAAUCACUCUAAACUUGGUACGAACUCAAUCAAACAAGAUUAAACGGGUUUAAAAAAGUUUAGAAAGAAUUACGUGAGAUUAGCAAGACACUUUAGGAAAGAUUGCGUGGGAUAAAUAAAGUUCAGGAGGGAUUGAGUGGAUUUAAAAAAGCUUAGGAGCGGUCACGAGUCAGUCCAGAUCGUAGAGUGAUUUUCCCAUUAGUUUAUUCCAACUAAACUUGUUCACACGCUUCGUUUGUUUGAUUUUUUUAUUCAUUAGGUGCACAACUAAAUUCUCGCUGUUAGUUAGUACAUGCAUUCAGUAGAAGAGCAGGAAUAUUUUGAUAUACCCCACUUGUCAUGAGCGCUGGCAAAUUAUCGCCAAUAUUAAUCUUUUAUUAUGGAAUUAUGCUUUUGGUUUAGUGAUGAUGUCGACUUUCUUUUGCCAAACAACAAGUGUACGGCUUGAUUUGUGUAUAACCUCAAAAUAGGAACACUGCUUCCGUCACGGAAUUAGAGUCAUGGUUGUGGAAAAAGUUGGACAAUACCAAUUUAGCUAUUGUCCAUCAUUGGUUAUUAUUUAUCUAGAACAAAAGAGUUCCAUACUAAACAGCGAUAACUUAGUUGCCGACUAUUCUAAAUUAGUUCCGGUAUUGUUUGGUGAUGAAAACUAAAGACUGUCCCAGAAAGUAUGAAAGCAAAGUCCUGGCGUUACAUUCCUUUGGUGGAAUUUGGCCUUUCUGUUUCAACAGACUUCGCAGCCGAUUCUUAGUGUACAGAAUCAUUGCAUGGCUAGUACUAUGGAUCCUACUGACACUAAGAAUCUUUCCAGGUCGGGGCUCGAACAUACGACAACUGGCUUGUAAGACCUGCGCCCUAUGCAUUGAACCACCAACCCAGGACUAUGAACGCACUUUAAUUUCGCUACAAAUAAUUCACAAGUGUUAGAUAUUCAAAUUUUAUUCGAUAUACUGAUAAUAUUUGACUACAACAACAGAAUAUUAUUCUCAACAUUUGCUACUUAGCCAUUGUAGACUAGCUGGCGCACCUUCUUGCGAACGUUCCUCAUUAAAUUCCGUACAGAAUUCUUGGCGAUUUUUGAUACUUUUUCCCAAUCUUUUUCGAACUGUUGAAUGGUUUCGGCUGCCAAGACAUGUUUCCUAAGAUGUGCCUUCGUUAAUGCCCAAAAUUCCUCAAUUGGUCGAAGUUGUGGGUAAUUUGGUGGAUUCAUGUCUUUUGGGACGAAAGUGACAUUUUUGGUAGUAUACCAUUCUACCGUUGAUUUCGAGUAGUGGCAAGAAGCAAGAUCUGGCCAGAAGACAACAGAAUCCUUGUGGCUUCGAAUCAUGGGUAGAUGUCGUUUUUUGUAAACAUUCCUUGAUGUAUUUAUCGCUGUUCAUUGAAGCAGUGGUGAUGAAGGGUUUCGAAACCUUACCGCAGCUACAAAUUGCUUGCCAGACCAUAGCUUUCUUACCAAUUUUUUCGACUUCAUUCGAUGUCUCGGACUGGUUUAACACUUGCCCUUCUCGCACCGUAUAAUAUUGUGGUCCCGGCAAGGAUUUGUAAUCGAGUUUCACGUAGGUUUCGUCGUCCAUGAUUAUGCAGCUGAUUAUCCAGCAAGAAUCGUAUUGUACAGCUUUCGAACCCUCGGCCUGAUCGAUGCUUCUUGUUUCGGACUACGUUUUGGUUGUUUCUGGUCCUUAUGGGUUCGAAGAUUCAAACGUUCUUUAGCUCGAAGAACAUUUGACUUCGAAGUGCCCAAAUUUUUGGCCACAUCCCGAACUGAAACCUCCUUUUUUUGCUCGAACGCCUUCAGUAUACGUUUAUCCAACUGUGGGUUAGCAGGACCUUUUUUUCGACCCGUUUUCGGUUUAUCCUCAAAGGUCCUCACCGAACUUCCUGAUUGCAUUUCGCACGGCUUUUUCACUUACUCCUUCCAUUUUUGCUAUCUUUCUCAGUGACAGUCCGCGUUCUGUGCACUAAUUGUACACAAUUUUCCGACGAUGUUCUGCUGAAAGUCCACGCAUUUUGAAACAAACUAAUGCAAACGAAUAAACAACUGCACAAGUGGUUAGAGAAGAGUGUAAACAACAGGACGCAGCCAUAAAAAUUGACAGAUUCUGAACCAUUGCGAAAUGGCGGCGGUUUUUGGUUGCGUCCAUACUUUCCGGAACAGUCUUUAAGUAUAUCAGGGUCGUUUAAUGGUGGUCUCCAAACAAAAUUGAAACAUAUAAUAUGCUUCAUUAAAAAAAAACUUUUUCAUUUACCCUUUUUAACAUGAAUACAUCGUACUAAAAAAAUGAAGCCACCGUAGAGCUGUUUUGACAGAUCAGAUUUGUUUUUCAACCAGCUGCCAAUUAAUUUGCUUGUAGUGUCUUCUAGUUUAGAAAAGAAACUACCGCACCGUUUCAUGAAACGAAAUCUAUAAAUUUAAAACAAAGCGAAGUCUGUCCAAAUUGAAAUUUAUAGUAUCAAUUACAAUCAUUUUUAGUGUAACAAUACUGUAUCAGGUAUCAGAACAGCAGAGUCACUUUACAAUAACUUACAGUAAAGCCUAAUGUUAUGAAGAACUAUAAAACAAUGAACUUCCAUUUAUCUGUCGAAAAAUUUAAUAUUAAAUCAUGUUUCGUAGUGACCAGAGGAAUGGUUUUGUAUUUCAGCAAUAAUGAAUAAUUCAACAAUUUUGAGAAUUAUAAUAAAUAUAUUAUUUCUAAAUAUGAACAUUACAUUCAAAUGCGAAAUUAGAUCUUAUUUUUCAAGAAAUUUCGCAGGGUUAUUCUCAAUGAAUGUUAGAAAAGCUCCUGUUUUCAAAUAAUUUCUUUAGUGCAGCUCGAAAUAUGAUUUAGUCAUUAUUUUAUGCAAAUAGUUAGCGAGAAGGAUUGCCGAUAGUACUCUAAUAAACGAAACAGAGAAUUAACAAAGAUUAAUUGUCACAUGUACUCAAGACAUUUCCAAAAAUUCGUCUCCAAUUAUAUAGUUAGCACAGACUAACAGACAGAACACUCAAAUUAGAUUCUUCAAUCAUUUUAACGGUCAUUUCGAAUAUUUCUUUAUAUGGGACAAUACUCACAUGUGUCAUGAUGGCGCCACGUUACCCUAUCAAAAACAUCCUGUCUGUCAUCUAGACUGUGUUUAUUUUUUUCAUUUACCAACAGAGUUGCUAUUCAUACAGAAUUACCUGUAAUGUAUUGAUUUGUAUACGUCCAUGCGAAUUUCAUGCAGGAUACAGAUUUAAUACAUAUUGCCAAAACUAUAUACAUAAUUGUGUCUCAACUUCUCAUCCUCCAACGCAAUACAAAAUCGAACCCGUUUCGUUACAAUAUUUACUUGCUUCUGGUCUGCCACCACUUAAUUUCGGGUGAAAACUACCAACACAAUAAAAAAUAGUCUAGAUAAACAACGUUGAGUCAAGUAAACCUUCCAACAUCGCGAAAAAGUUAAAUAUAUUAUCAACGUAAUCCAAUAAUUUAUUGUGACCAUUCAUUUUCAAAUAUUUUGAUGAAAUCAGGCAUCCCUGCAAGCAGCUGAUCGGUGUUGAUAAACGAGGGGAAACCAACUAGUAAAAAAACUUUUACAUAACACAAGGGGUGUACAGAUAGUAAAUAGUUCGCGCAGUACAAUAUAGGUGGAACUAGUGCAUCACGAAAUAUUAUUUUUAUAAGAAUUUACUCAUACUGUCAUGUCUGCUAGUCUGUGUAGUUAGUUCAGCUUUUUUUCUGAAGAUGGGCGAAUCUAACAUUGACAUCAAAAGGAGAAAAACAUCGAUGAAAGUUUCGACUUUGGUUUCAAAUCCUAUGUAUAAAUUAUCGUUUAUUCUCAGAUUAAUUUUUGAUUAGUCGAUGAAUUGUUGGUUUAUCUUAAAAAGCAUGCAAAUUUUAUCACUUUCAUUUAAUCGAUCCUUUCCACAGAAUAAAUCAACAUAAAAAGAGUUUCGAUUUGUUUAUUUUUAUGCUUCCUGUCGGAAUUAUGAAGUUACGACCUUGCGUAUUUUUCGUGAAAUAGGCUGGUUUUCGCGACUAGGCCAAAUUUGCGGGUAAUUUUAUCGUCUCAUUUACUAUUUCCAGCAGUAAAAGGUUCGGAAACCAUCUAAAGUAAAGAAAAUAAAUAGUUUCGCCCUUCAUUACUAUCAAUCGAAGUAGUUCUUUGCAGUCGCUAAACCAACGAUGGGGGCAGCAAAUCUUUGCCAAAUUUCCUCAGUACGCCACUGGUUCUUUGUAUUAUUAAGAUUGCGAUUUUUGUCGAAUCCGAUUUUUCAGGCAAAAUUGUAGAAUUUUGAAGCAUUUAUUGGUAGGAGAAAAAAACUCGAGAUGUUUUCUUUUGUAAGAUUCGCUCUUCUUUGAAAAACAGCUUAGUUUAGUGAUCCUACAACCACAGAGAUCAGCGGAGAAAAAAUCGUACAUCCGAAAACGAGAUAAACAUAACUAAAAUUCUCACACCGCUUGCUUUUGUAUUUGGGUGCGAGUGACUUUUUGAAUGUUAAAUUGUAUCUAUCAGAUUUACUCGAAUGCAGUUGGAAAACAGUGUAAGGCAAUUGUAAACUAUUUCAUUCACCAUUUGGUAUCAAUACUUCCCACUGGUGGUGAACAACGAGCGACAAGGUAAUUUGUUUGCCUAGCGAAAAAAAGGCCUUACUAUAAAUGAGAGCCUCUCUUUGUUCACUUUCUCUCUUGAUUAUCACGGAGCCAUUAUUGCAAUUUCUUGAAAGUUUCCUGUAAAAAUCGAAAGCUUGUGGCUUUGAAUGAAAAGUUUUGCGAAAAGUAUGGUGUCAAAUAUUUAAUCAAUCCAGUUAAUCGUGGAAGAUAAAGUAAAUAAAGAGAAACUGCAGUUAGACCCUUCUGUCGUGGGACUAUUGAAUUGUAAGUAAGCAGAUGGUACUGUAAUCGCUUUUGACAGUUUAAUUAGAAUCAUAACAAUGUCUCCGCUAAUCUCUGGUUAUAGGAUCACUAGUUGCUUUCCAACGUGUUAUUGUUGUUAUCGUUGAACAAGGCAACUUUGAAACAGUUAUUUUUACUGGGAUUCAAAAGUAAAACAACGCCAGGAAAUUAAAUAUGUUCUGACAUUUGCCAAAGAUAUCACAUCUCUCACAUUCUACGAACAAAUCGCCCUCAGGCUAGUCCGCAUUGAGUCUCGUACAUACAAGCAGGUGAGAGAAACGUCAAAUUUAUGCGCGCCAAAAUAGCAACACCCAUACAAUUGACAUAAUAUGUUCAAUGUGAUACUGUGCGAUGGAGUAGCUGAACUGCAGACUGAUUUAUCUCAAAGCUGACAGGAUCUGCAUCUACACAAUGUGAGACGUAUAAGUGUAUUGGGCAUGUGGCAGCAGUUUCAAAAAGUUGAACUCUCUCACACUGCUUAGAAUUUUAUUUGAUUCGAAAACUAUCGGUCCAUUUCUAAAUUUGAUCAUUCAACAUGGAAGACAAUCUGGCUUUAGUCUGUCGAAUCGAUAUCAAUGAAAAUCAUAGAACAUAUUUAGUUUUGACGUGUAGUAAGCACAACUUUGUGUCCCUCGAAUAGAAACAUACUCUUUGAAUUACAAGUAAAAACUCAAUAAUUAAAAGCAUUUAUGCUUCCUCUAGGAAUAAACAAAAUUAUACAGAACAUAUCCACAAAACUGCCGGAAUUUCGAUAUAUUGGUAUUAUAAUGAUUAGGUUGUAAAUAAAAACCAGUUUGGUUCAGCUGUCAUGUAGUCAUUAGAGAGUAAACAACAUGUCAAUCGUAAUUGAAAAGCUUGAAAAGUGAAUACGACGGAAGACUUUCAAUUAUACAAAAAAUUAACCAAUUUUCGCACGAUUUGGAGUGAACAUUUGGAAAACAACUUGUUUCGUUGAAGUUAUUUAACAUAUUCCCAAAUAAAAAAAAUAAUAGAAAACGUGAAUUUUAAAACUGAAGUAUUUCCUUCAAUAUACCAACACAGUAGAAGGUAAUAAUCUCGAUUAGCAAAACCAAACCUGAAAUUAGUGGAACCGAAAUUGAUCUGUAAUCACUUGUUUCUCACACACCGUAAUCUAAAUCAAACGGGCGGCAACGACUUUUGACUCGUGGUACAUACUUUCAAUGUGGUUCGAUUAUACUAAUUAAAUAAAAAUCAACUAAACUCUUUUAGCUGGCAUUUGCUGUUGUUGAAAAAAUAUUUAAAGAAUCACACUUGUUCACGUGAAAAAUCGCACAACUACGAAAGAAAAUUACAGGGUUAUUAGGAAGCAAAUAACUACUAUUCGCGUUGAUUAAUAUUUGUGAGAAAAGCAAACUAACUGUAAAAACGCUUAGCUCUGUAGUACGGCUUGGAUAAAAUUCAAUUGGUAUAGAAUUGCUGUAAAUAGGGAAAAUAUGAUGUAAUAUUUACAUAAACAUUAUUUGAAUUUAUUUCAGUAUAUGAGUAAGAAGAAAGAGAUACAAGUAAAUGUGUUUCGCUAAGACCAACAGAUGAUUCUAAAUACAUAAAAAAAAACUGUGCUGUUCAAGGAAAAGUAAAUUAAAAUUUAACUUGUAUAUGCGAUCUUCGUAGACUUCGACAUCAAACGAAUCGAAAAAGGCUUCUAAUAUGAAGUUUUAUCACAUACGAGUGUUUGAUUUUAUUGGGUGAUAGGAUAAUGCUUAUAUUGGCAAAAGACUUAACUAACUACAAAACUAUAAUUAUGCGAACUAAAUUAUUAUUUUGAAAACUGAGUUGUAAAGUUUACAUGCAAAUGGACUUUUUUCUAUAAAGUGAAGGAGUCAUAGAUAUCUUUGCAUAUAGAGUGACAUAUAUAUUGACAAACAGUAUAACUAUCUAUUUUAUUUACUGGUAAGUAUGAUUCAACGCAUUGAUUGUAGAGUUACCAAUGUUUUAAAAACACGGUUAGAAAUGAAAAAAAUCAUGAAACGAUAAGCAAAUAUUGAGGUAACGAUUGAAAGGACAGAUUGUCAGUCCUGAUAAAUGUAAAUGUGAAAUGAAAAACGCAAUUAAUAAAAAAUGGACACGAGUACUAAAA